UGCCGCGUCCCGCCAUUCCAGGGGCCGCGAGAGGUGUGUGUAGGGGGCGCUGCUCGGAGGUCACAGGCGGGGUGCUGAGGCGGGUGUGCUGGCGCGGGGCCGUGCUCGGGGCACCGCAGAGGUGGUGCUGCUCGGCCAGGGCCAGCUGUGCCUGCACGGGGCGGGGCGGGGUGGUGUGGGGCGGCGUGUGGCCCGUGUGGUGCCCGCCGCCAGGCUGAGGGCACCCUCCCUGCUGCCCCUGGCCAGCGGGGCGGGGCGGGGCGGGCCCUGGGGAGGCACGCCACCUGGUGCAUAGUAGGGAGUGUCUAGUCUGGUGCUGUUUGUCAUGACAUUCCUUGUUCCUUUCAUCCACAGAGAAUUGAGUUGAAUUAUUGGGUACAGUUUGAGUGAAGCUAAAACAGUCUUCAGUGUGAAGCUGGCAGACAGCCAGACUGUUCAGCAGACAGAAGAAAUAAUCACAUGCAAUUAGAAGUUCAUUAUUGUGCAAGCACCUUAAGCAUUCUGUGCAUCAUGGUCAUUACCUAGAAAAGUCAUCUUAAUUAAAAGAGGCUGAGUAGUGCUCUCAAGCUAUGCCAGGGCUGCGGUCGCUGGUGGCACGCAGGCGGUCCUCCCUGACGUCCCCACCCUACACCGUGCAGAGGAGCACGCCCUCCCCGAGCCCCUCCGACACAUCCGACCAUGCUGCCACACCCCACACCUCAGAGGGUGGUGAGAGCCCCAUGACGGAAAGGGGAGCUGGUGUGGUUGAGGCGCAGGAGACGCAGAGCCAGGAUGCUGCUCACGUACAACCAGCAGGGGACGGAGCAACACAGGAUGCCCCCAUCAUCAAUGGGGAGGAUGCAGAGGAGGGGGAUGGGGGCUCAAACGUCAAUGUGGGGGACACUAAGCAAGAAGAAAGUCUCUUAGAAACCAGUGAAGUAGAAAACAGUGAAGAAGAGUCUCAGUCUAGCACUAGUGUAAGAAACAUUAAUGAAGGAAAAGAAUUUUUGCCAACAAGUGGAGGAAGUAAUGUUGGUGCUAGGAGCUCAUCCUCUGAUGUGCAUAGUGAACUGGAUCAUGGCACAACCAUUGAAAGCCCAGUUAGUGAACAAAACACUGAACAAAUAAGUGCAAAUGUGAAAGAAAGUGAGGGAGAAAGUUACAUGGACACAGAGCCCAGUCCUUCCAAGGGAGAUGCAGCCCAUCAGACAGAAGGACCAGUUGAAAAUAAGGAAACUAGUAAAGAUAAGGAAGGAAAAACCCUGGAAACAAAAACUAAUGAGGGAAAGUUAUCAGACAUUGAGGGUGAAAUACUGUUAUCAAGUAUAGAAAAAACUCAGGAAAAUGUAGAAGAAAGGUGUGCUGUUGAUAUUCAGAAAACAAAUGAAACCAUAUUUAGUGAAGCUGAUGUGGGGCAAGAAGCAGCAUGCAAUGUGGAAAGCCGGGACACGGGGGGUGGUGGUGAUGAGGAGGAAAGUGAUCAUGCAGAAAAUGUUUGUAUGACAAGUGUAGAUGAUGAAAAUCAGGAAAGUGAUGAAUCUCAGCUUCACAAAAAUGGUGUGAGUAAAGACCUUGAUCCUAUCACUGAAAAAACAGAGAUCCCCGCUGUGGCAGAGGAAGGUGCCAUUGAAAAAGAAAAGCUAGCACUCUCUGCUGAGGCAGAGGAUUGUGAUAUUAUGGAGUCAUUCAGUGAAUCUGUGAGAAAUCCCUUUCAUGACAUGGAAACAUGUUCAGAUGUAAGGGAUGACACCCAGCAGCCAGAAGCCAGGAAACCAGAACUGCAAAGUCCUGGCAAGGGCACAGAAAACGCAGAGAAAUCCUUAACCUCUGACAUGAGACAAAGUGAUGAGUGCAUCGAAGGUGAAGAUGGGGAGGACAUGAAGGAUACCAUGUCUUGUGGGGCAGAUGAUGAUGGCAGUGGUGGAGAGGAAAUUAAAUCUGAAGAGGGAGAGGGUGACAGUAGUAACAUUGAUGGUGAUGGGAACAUUUUGGUGACACCUGGCAGCAGUGGGCUACCCAUAGAUGUGAGGAGCCAGGAAGGAUACAGUAGCAACGUCACUGAAAGUUAUAGUGAUACUGAAAAAGGGAAAGGGGAUAAAAUGGAAGAGGAUUGUGAGGAAACUAAUAAUGCUGAGAGUAAGGAGGAUACUCAAGAUAUCAAGGAAUUGUACGCACCAAAUGUUGUUAAAGAUGAUGAGAAAUCUACAAAUAUUGCAUCUAAUGAUAUAAAAGCAAAAGAAACUGAGAAAUCUUUUGAAACUGAAGCUGAGGAUGACAAAUCUCCUGAAAAGGAGGACACUGAGGUCUUUAAUAAAGGCGAGUCCUCACCGUCAAGCAGAAAAGCAGAUGGAGAGGCUGACACACAGCCAGACAGUUCUGGUGACAAGAAUCUCUUGGGUAAGCUCAAUCAAAAAAAUACUAAAGGUGGGAAAAAGUGUUCUGAUCUCUCUGCAAUGGAAAUUGAGUCAACUCUGGCCAGCAGGGGCGUGACCAUUGUCAGGCGUGUGGUGGACAACAAGGAGCAGUGCGGCCGGGGGGGUGAUUCCUCAGAUGUCACGAAAAGGGAGAGUGGCACAAGUAUUAAACCCAUUAAUAAAGGGAUCCUGGCCACAGCAACUCAGCCACCCUUUAGAGGAACAUCUGGCAGCGGCAUCAGUGUUUCCCUCCAGCCCUCGUUACCGGGGCAAGCAAACUCACCCACUUCAAAAGAUUUGUAUAAAUCCAUCAAUGCAAGAGGAACAAACAUUCAAGCAAGCUCAAAAAUCAACCCUGCCCUUUUAAAUCGAAGAGGGUCUUUUCAGUUGACUAAGGGAGUGUCAAUACACUACAAUCCCAAGUCUGGUGCCACAAACACUAAUGUGAAGGGAAAUACAGUGUACUCCAGCCUGAGGGGAGUUAGUGCAGCAGGCAGUCGAGGACCCAGAAUGUAUACCAACCCAAGAGGUUCUGGGGUACAAUCCCUCAGAGGAUAUCCAACCAACCUAAGACCACGAGGUGUAGGACUUCCACAGACACGAAGAGGAACUCCACAAACCAACCUUAGAGGGCUUGCUACCCCUGUUAACACCAGAGGACUUACCAGAGGCCAGAGAUAUGCAGGCCCAAGGGGACCAGUGCCUAGGGGUGCAGUGGCUCAGCCAGGAGCAGCUCCUUUGGCUGCCACCAAUAUAAGAGGAGCUACCCCUCAGAGGUUCAGAGGUGCACAUAGUCAGCAACACCAGCAAAGGCUUCCAGGACUCCCACCCCAAGUUAGGCCCACAGGAGGAGUUAUAGCAUCUAAGGCUGGAGAAACCCUGCAGUCAAGAUCCUCCACUAUGCCUCCACAGGCAAAAUAUUUGAAAACAUCACCUGACUCGAGAGCGACAGAUCAAGCAAACAUGCCAUUACAGUCUAAAGCUAUGGGUAUGUCCUCACAGCCCAGGCCCCCAGACACGCUGCGAUCUCCACAGCCAGGCUCAGCUGAGGUGUCUCCUCAGUCAAGGGCAUCACAGUUUUCACCACAGUCUCUAAUGAGCGGAAUUCAACCUCAUUCAGAAUAUGGUGGACCCGCAACACAGUCUAGAACAGAACAAUCACCCCAGUCAGUUCUCGCCAUGUCCACUGCUUCUGCAGUAACAUCACAAACAGGACCCUCCAGCUUUGCCUCUCAACCAGCCUCGGUCAGUCAUCCCACCCUGCCGUCCUCGUCCCACCACCUUCCUCACAUGAACAUGAUGGAUCACCCUUCCCAAGCCAGCACCAUGGGACUCCCACCACACUCUGUGGCUGGAGGCAAUAGACUCCCUCCACAUUCAUCUGGAGGUUUCAUGGCACAGUCCACUUCAGUUGGCUCAUCCUCACAGGUAAUGCCCACACAUAUGACUGCUUCUGAUAGAUUCUCAUCAAACGUUGCCUCAGCAGGAUUUCCCUCCAUUCCUAAUUCAGAAUACCUUGGAAGACCUGGCUCAGAAAUGUUUCCCACAUAUAAUAACCCUGGAGAUUACACUCCACACUCCAGCACAAGUGGCUUUCCUCACAUGAGCUCUGGAGACUUUGGCUUGCAGUCCACAUCAGGAGGAUUUCAUGCUCAGACUAACCUUGUAGGAUUCCCAGCACACAGUGACCCAUGUGCUUACCCACAACAUCCCAGCUCAAGUGAGUUUUCUCCUCAUAAUUCAUCUGGAGUUGUGAGACCAUUAGGUUCUGAUGUCUUCGUUCCACAUCCAAGUUUUUCUGUUCAAGGGAACCCAGGAACAUACCCACCCAUCCCAUGCAGUGAGCCAUACAGCACACCCACCAAUCCUGGCACUUUUCGUGAAAAUACGGAUUUAUUCAACUAUCCAGGGCAGAGGGACUUUAUAAUGCACCCAAGCUCAAGGGAGUUCCCACACUACAGCAGCUCUAACCAGAUGGCAAACCAGCUCCAGCCAGUACCUCCUACAGCUGGUCACAGAGACUUGCCAAUGAGCCAGAGCCCAAGGGACUUGCCUAUACAGAACUGCAACCAGGGUCUUCCCAUGCCCUCAGCUGCUGGAAACUCAUCAAUGAAUGAUAUUAUUGGGGAUCAAUACCCAGGCUAUGGAGAACCACUUGCUCAUUCCUCCUAUCAAGAAACCCCUUUGAAUGCAAGGACAAACCCUAAUCCUGUACCAGUGGCUCCUAAUUUUAGAGAGUCAGAUUCAAGGCAGAAUUAUAGGGAUUCUGCAACCCCCCAGUACAGUAACUACAGAGAGCCAAGCACACAGGAAGGCUUAAGAGCGUCACAGAUGCACUCUAGCUAUAGAGACUUGCCGAUAGACCCAAAUAUGGACCUCCAGCCACAUAUUACCCCAAGGGAGCAGAGUGCACAUUCCAGCUUCAAAGACCAGCAGUCAGCAAGAUACCAGGAGGAUGGUAUCAUUAGCAGGUAUCUGGAGCAGUCUGUCCUCAAUUACCCAGAGUCAGGAAGCCUAAAUAGUUGCAGAGAGCAACCUGUCCCUAAUUUUGGGUCACCUGCCAGCCAUGCCAGCCCAGGUGAGCAGGUUUUAUCCUCCUGUAGAGAAAAUAUAAACCAGAUUAAUUUUCCUGACACUGUGAGUAAUAACAGUUCCAGACAACAGAUUCUUCCUGGUCUGGGUGAACAAAUGAACUAUAGCAGCUACAGAGGACCUCUAGAAUUCAACAAUGCUUGUGAACACCCUAAUCCUAACCUUCAAGAAUCUCUGAACUAUGUACCAAACUGCCAAGAUGCACCAAACAUGAAUCAAGUACCAAAAUCAGUAGCAGACACUAUCUACAAAGAUCCUAAUAUUCCAGUCUCAAGCUACAAUGUAAGCUCUCAUCACCUCUCAUUGCAGGGGGUACAGAGUGAUCUAAAAUUCAAGGACAAAGAUAUGACCUACCCUGAGAGUUCUCUACUUCCAAGCUUUACAGAGUCAUUUGAUCACUCCACCAGUGAAAUGAGUGGGAAAAAGGGUGACAGCACCAACCUACCGCAUUAUAGAGGUUCUUCUGAUGUGUCCUACCAGAGAAACCUCCAUGAGUAUACGAAUUCUCCAGUCCCUUUUAAUAGUCAGGGAGGAGAUGCAUCUACUUCAGCUACUAAGGAUUACUCCUACCCUUGUUUAAGUGACUCAAAAAACUCGGAAGCUAGAGAAUCCCCAGCAUAUCGAAGUCAGAGGGGCUAUUCAACCCCUUGUAAUUCAUAUUCUCCUGCACAGUCUUGCUCACCAGAUGAUGUUCAGUAUAUUGGUGGGUCAGGAGACAAUUUUCAAGCAAAGUCGGAUUUUCAUAUACCUGGGGAUUCUCUGGUUCCUCCAGAUAAAGAGAUUCUGGGAUAUCCUGUUUCACACGGCUCCUCUAGUACAAACAACACCCAGAGGAACCCAAGUGGAAGGUGUGUUCCAGAUUCCUCUGUUCCAAAUCCAGAGACUGAUAUUUCCUCCUCAGUUAAAUAUGGUGGAAAAAAUAAUGAACCUAAUUUUCUUGUGGUAGAAUCACAUAAAAAUGCAAAGGAAUCUGAAAUGUAUAAUUUUUUGGGAUCUGGUGAAGGUGGAGAAACAACAAGAAGUCCGGGCGGCUGCUCCUCCACCAAGUCACCAGAGUCCCGCAGUGUUAGCUCGCAAGAAAAAUUUCCAGUAGGUUUGUCACCCAGUAAGUCAGAUUCAGGCUCACCUAGCACUCAAGAUAGAAUUGUAAUUAAAAUGAAGUUACUUCAUAGUGGUUCAACUGCUAAGGAAGACACUCGUAGUACUGAAAAUGGGAAUAUUACUGAGUUGCGACUAGCCAACAAAAGUUCUCUUAAAUACAGCUUGGCUAAGUACACUCGCUGGACAAUUGACAGUAUAAUUAAUGGACGUGAGGACCUGGGAAAUGAAGAAAUGUUAGACAAGAACAGUGACUGUGAAGCUGAAGAAUUAGGUGUGAGACAGGAAAAAAAGGGCUGUAUUAUAAAUAGCCCCAAAAAAACACGAAAGAGAAGAAAUUCUGAGGUUUGUGAAGACUCAAAGGACUCAAAUUUAGACACUAAUAAAAACUUCAUGAAGAAAUCUCUCAAAAUUACCAUCACAAAUCCUUUGCGCAAUAAAAUGUCCUCCGAUGAUGGUAAUGAAGACAGAGAUAUGGAAAGGAAAUCUGAAAAUGUGACUUUGAAUCCAGAAAAAUUCAUCAAGCAAGAUGACAAAGUGCAAUCAUUAAGCAGUGUGUGUGAAGGGAGGAGCAGCCCAGGCCAAGAACCAGAGAGUCAGUUUCAUUAUGCUGCCAGAAAAGGUAAAGCUGGGUCUGGGAAACCCCCAUCCCCAACCCCAAGUGCUGGGAGCUGCAGCAGCUCUACCGGUGGAGUGCAGCCAGAGUGUGAGGAGAAGUGUGGCAGAGGCAGAGAGGCAUCACCAGGGGAGGGGUUCUGUGGUGAGGUAAAUGAUCACUUGGUCACUUCUGAUGUCAAAAAGUGCAGCAUUGUUAUCAAACGCAUAUACAAAAAUGACAACUAUAGUUGUUAUAGUAGCAGUCUGUGUGACAAGAAAACUGUGUUAAGCAUUGAUGAUGGGACACAGAGGAGAUCAAAGCGUAGGGCGGCCGUAGAAGCCAGUGAACGGUGCCACAAGACAUUAAGGUCACUUGACAUGUGUAAUGCUAAACCUGGAAAGAUAUCUCUUGCUGGUGUGCUGAGUAAAAACAAAGAUAUUUUAUCUGUGAAUCUGACAACAAACAAAGCUAUCAUCAAUCAAAUACCACAGUGCUCAGUCAUGUUGUAUGAUGUGUUCAUGAAUAGCCGCAUCGACCAGAUGGUGUGUCCGGGGUGCUCCCGCCACUAUGACAGCUCAGACAGUGUACAAGUGAACAUGAACAAGGCCACAAUCUCCCUGCUCUGCUCCUCCUGCCAGUGGUUGAUGGUAAAAAAUGUCCACCCACUUGAAGUUGACUCUCUGGUGCCUAGCUGAGAAAGGCUGUAGAUUUUGUGCUGUUGAAUUUUAACAUUUUAUACUGUAAAACUUUAGUUGUGUGCUUUACAUGUUUUAAGUGACUCAUUUUGGUCAGCUAAAGUGGAAUAUAUUCAUUCCUUAUUACAAAUUGGGAUUAUUAUCAAUAAUCAUUUUCAAAGCCUGUGCUGUGCUCCCUGUGCAAGGCCUAGUCAUGUUUGUGCAUAAUGAUCAUAUUGAACUAUCUUUUGAUGCUGGACUCUGUCUGACCUAAGUAUGUACGUAUGUAAAAAUGGCUUGUAUUACAUUUAUGAGAGAGAGAGAGAGAGAGAGAGAGAGAGAGAGAGAGAGAGAGAGAGAGAGAGAGAGAGAGAGAGAGAGAGAGAGAGAGAGAGUGUUUAAGGUGCUUAUUUAUCACUGUAGAUAUCUUUAUAACAGCUCGGGCUCACUGCUGUGGAGCGGUGAGGGGCCGGCCACUGGUGUCACUCUGCCACUUGAGGAUACUUGCCCAAGAUUUGUAAAUUUCCUAUCUCAGGAUGUAGAUUUCAUUUUGAGGUUAAUAAUUUAAGUACAGAGUAUGACUUUACCUAAUUUUUUGUUUGAGCAUUGUUACUGUGCCUGAAUGAUAAAAAAUCUUUUAAAUUGUAAAAAUUUAAAAGUUAUAAUGGAUAUAAUGUAUCCUGCUUACUUCUGAGAAUGUCUCACUUAUGCUCUGUCAGUGACUUUGAUGGUGUUUGAGAUUAUGUUUUACUAAAGAAGGCAAUAAAGUCCUGUGCCAGAGUUACCAGAAGCACUGGAAUAACAUUGCUUUCUUGUAUGUCAGCAAGAUCUGUGAGUAGCUUAAGGGAAUUGCCCGCCUGAUGGGGAUUUUUUUAUACCUAUGUCUUCCAAAACAUAUUGGUUUUCUGUCACAAAAGUGUCAACACAAUAUGGCAACACCUUCACCUCAGAAAUCUAUCAAAUAUGCUAGUAAUUUUGAGUGCCCUACUUCUGUAUUCUCAUUUUCUGUUUAGGUAUGUGAUUAUGAUAAAAUUUACAUCUUUUACACUUAUUUUCCAAUUUUUUUAUCUUUUUAGUGAAAGAUAUGUUAUAAUCAUGAACUGGGAACUGUAGUGUGUGUGUGCUGUGUGGUGCAUUCCAAUUACUGUAGCGAGCUGCCAAGUAGAGCUGCUUGGUUUCUUGUCAAGUAGGUUCUUGGUGUUUUGUCAAGAGAGCAAAGGCCGGAAGUUUAGCCCCACCAUCACGAGAGCUGAAGAAAAUUUGCCUCUCCUAGAUCCCCAAAGACAAGCUGCACAGCAUCAGUGAUGUACACAAGGGCUGACCAGGACUAACCUACCCCAGCAAUGCCUGAAGGGUCAGACUCAAAACCCAAACAAGAGUCAACACUACAUUGUAGAGGAAGUACAGUAAGACCAAGUUUGCUGGCUUGUAAAUAAUUAAUUUUGUAAGGCAAGUUCCUGCACUUGACCACAAAUUUGGGUACGAGGCAACCUACCUCUUGUGUCACCUGUUUUUAUAUUUCGGCCCUGUCAGUGUCAGCCGUAAGGCUUCAAAGAACCCAACUGGACACCACAACCUACAAAGAAAAGGAAGAAAAAUAACAGCUAGUGCAAAAUAUGAUCCUGGCAUGUAUUAGCUUAACUUCAAACCUGGUGACAGUGAGGAAGGUUCCACCUCUAAUGGUCUCCCUCACCAACAAGUGAAAAAUAUCCUGCUUCACAUCAGAGGAUCAGGUGCCUGAAACAAGUCAAAUCUCUCUGAAGAAUCAUCAGAAUUGCUCUAAAUUAUCAUGAAAACACAGCAAGUAGGUUAGGGCAUAUGAUCAAACACCUUUAUACAGUUUUACUGACAUUUACACAAAGUUAAAGCCAGUAUAAAUUUUCAUCACUCGUUUCCGAGAAAUGUAAAAUAGUUAUGUAAAAAAUCUUCAUCAGUUUUUAUACGAUCUUAAUUUUUAAGGUAUCUAUGGAUAGCCGCUGGAAGACGGAAAAAAGGAAGGUUUGAAUUUUGUUUUGGUGAAUUAGGAAUGCGUUGAUUUUUUAUUUUUUUAUUUUAUUUUUAUUUUUUUAUUUUUUUAUAUUUUACUCAGCAGUAAACUUAGGUAGGUAGAAAUGGUGCUACUUUUGUUGCAUUAUUUGCUCAGUAUAGAAAGAAAAUUGAAUUAAAUCCAUAGGACAUUAUUUCUUCUUUUGGGGGGGGGAUUAUUUUCCACAAACUAUCAGUUUGAUCUGAAUGAAAUUUCCAGUGUUCACUCUAUGGUUUCCAAAACCUUCAACAUUUUCAGCACAGUCAAUCCGUAAGUUAUAUUUUGGGCGGGUGAUUCCCUUGUAGCAAUGAAAAGGGAAAGUGAAGGGAAAUAAUGAGUCUCAUGCAAUGUACAACAUAAUUAUGCACUUUUGCUAAUUUACAAUGUAAUGUUACAUUUGUUAACUUUUUUGUUAGCCAAAAUAUCCAUAUUGUAAUAGUUUUCCAAUAAUGAAAUUGUGGUGAAAUCAUGUUUUUACAGUCCAGUGAGUGACAUGCGGGGAAGAGCAAACCAAGGCUAAAACCUUAAGUACAGUACUCCAUCAAGAUGGCCCGUCUCUGCUCACUUUAAACUGAUGAUAAUGCUGUUGCAAGUGUCGAAAAGAAAGAGCCAUUUCUGUUGGACCAAACAAGGGUUCAUUAACUUUAAAGAUUGAUAUUUUGUAAAAUUCUGUAAAGUUUUGUACAAUGUUUAUUUGUAUUUUCAGUAUUCUAUUAAUUUUUUCUUACCAUCAUCAUGAUCAUUCAAUUUUUAGUCAUGUCUUUCUAUUUGUAAAUAUUGAAUGCACCUUAGUGAUGGAAUACAAAGAUAAAAGAUUUACAGAAAGCAUUGCUUACUGUGUCCUGCAGGUCAGUAUACCAUUUCCAUGGAGCCACAGAUUUAGAAGAUCCCAGUAGCUAAUUUUUAUUGAAAUUUGCACUAGGAUUUAUGUAAUGUCAUAAAUGCACGCACUGCUCUUGUGUGAGAAAGAUGGCAAAAAGUAUCAACAAAUGUUAUCCCAAUAUUGCCAACAGUGAUCACCUUACAAAUCUUCAGCUCAAUUCUUUGUUAGUGACAAAAAUGGAAGCUCUUUUUACCACCACCAUGAAAAACUGAACCUGUGGUUCAUCUUCCAUGCAAGUUAUGGAGUAGUGUUUAGCUGCGUUUUUUACUAAUGUUAUGAUUGCCUUAAAGCAAAAGAGUUUUUACAGAAAAGUAGUUACUUACGAGGGCUUCACAUAACAUCAUCCAGUGUGUACAAUUAAACUAUGUAACCAAUUUCUUAGAAGCCAUAAAAUAUUUGUUAAUGGUGGGACCACACUCCAAAACAUGACAUGGGUAGGACUACGUGUCCACAUGAGAUUAUCAAGGCAGCAGAAGUCAGUAUUCAUGGGUACAAAAUGAGAUGAGUUGCAGACUGUUGCUUCAGAGUUCUGCAGAUCUCUUUGUCACAAGAAAACCUUUGACUUGCUUCUAUGUUAGAAAAAAAUACUAAACUUUGUUUUACUAAGUAAGACAAAAUAUUAACCAUGGUUGAAAUUACAGUCACUGUACUGCAAAUACGGUUUGCAGUGUCUGUUAUAUAUGUAUUCAGCCUUGAAUUUAUACAAGUAAAUUUAUAUGAAUACAUAUAUAAGAAAAUGUGUGGUGUUAAUAAUACCUGUAUGCAUAUUCCUUUUACAUAAUAUACAUAAUGGAUAUAUUUCAAAAGUAAUCUCAGAAGUCAGGAAGGAUUUUUAAGUUUUAUUUAUCAGUUUUUAGUCUUCUGUAAGAAUAUAAUUAUUUGCACAUUCUACAACUGACAUGUAUUCAAAAUUUGUGAAAGCCUUAUGGACUAAUAGUCUUUUCAAUGUCUGCCUCUGCAACAAAUUUGUGCUCACACACACACACACACACACUGCUUUGGUUGUUAUUUCUGCAAUUUAGUUUACAAGAGGCAUUGAUAUUAACAUUCUGGGAGCCAUCUACUGUAUAUUAUAAAAGUACAAAGGUAUAAUUGUUGACUUUUCCCCAAGCUGGUGUCUUGUUACUCACCAACUUGACUGCUGACCAUCAUCAUUUCCCUUUUGACAAUGUUAUUAAUUAGCAUUACAUAUCUUGGCUUUUAUUUUCUCAAGUUCCUCAAUUGACAUGUAAAUAUUUAAGUUAUUUCUUUGUGAUAUUAACAUUGUCUACAACUUUAUAUUGUGAUAGCUGUAAAGUUUAUUGAAGCAGUAUUUGGCUUGAGUGUGCUGACUUAUGUUCAGAGUUGACAAGUUGUCUAUGUGUUCAGUUAAAUGAAGUGUUUGUGUGUGUGUUACAAGUAAGCCAAUAUGACAUGACUUGAAAGCCUCUUGUGAACUUUGAGAGGUGUCGAUGCCAGUAACAACCGUCCCUCGUGCCCACAAGUUUGCUCUGGCUACCGCGGUUGUCUGUGUGUUGCCCCACUAGUGAAGGGAGUGGUCCCAGGCAGUGGAAUUUGUGUCUUCAGGCCGAGGAGAGGCAUAGGUGAGAAGACCAAACUAGUGAUACAAGACUGCUUCUAGUAAUCAUACUUUUUUUUUUAUCAUAGACAAUAAGAUACAUAUUUUCUUUCAUUUUCUGAAGAUAGUUUGUUAUCUUAUAUUCUGACUAUAUUUAUGUCAAAGUUUUACUGCCAUAUUUUGAAUUUCCAUGUUAGUAUUGUGUUCUCCAUUUUGUACUGCAGCUUGUCAUUCUUUCUCAGCACAGACACAGGAAGCAAUUGUGUGCCAGUAAUUAAUAUUUUUCUUCCAAACAUGAUCUAAAAUUCAUUUGCAGAUCUUAGUUAAUUGAAACACUUUGUAACCUCCAGAGGGAUUCCCGCUGUUGUGAUUGCUUAGAGGAAUACUUGACAGUAGUUACAUGAUAUAGCUGCUUGGGUUCAUUUAAAGUAAUUUUUCCUAAACAGACUCCACAGAAGCAAAUGAAAGCCUAUCUCAUGAAAAAAAAAAUAUAUAUAUAUAUAUAUAUAUAUAUAUAUAUAUAUAUAUAUAUAUAUAUAUAUAUAUAUAUAUAUAUAUAUAUAUAUAUAUAUAUAUAUAUAUAAUAAUAAGACUGGCACUAUAUUUCCUGUGUAGGCAAGUGGUAUUGGAAUUACUGUUGUCAUGCAGCAAAGGAAAUAGAUUUUCAUAAUGGUUUCUGCAGUGUAAUUGCAGUUACUGGCUUUUUUUUUCUCUCUUUUUUACAUUCAUUAUAAUCAUCAUUUAUUUUUCUUACUUUACCUAGUUCCUAUAACACCAUACAUUAAAUUUGUGAGCAGUUGCAAGCCUUAAUAUGUGUAUCAGAAUUAACUUCCUGUCUGUAUAGUUUUUGAGAGAAACUGAAAAUUGUCAGUGCUGGUCAUAUAUAUAUAUAUACUGGUUCACUAUGUGAUAAUCUUCAAUGUAUAAAGUGUUAAGUGUAAGUCAAGCAAUAUGGAGGUUAAGAGUACUGUAAAUCUACUCAGUGUUAACUCUAGAAAAGGUAAGAUGAAUAUGGUCACACUCAAGAACAGUUUGUAUAAAGUGUACUUUUUAAAGCUGCUAGUCCAAGAGCAGAAAGGUUUAUUUCAUUAAAUAAGCUAAUUUAAA